AGCUUUAUUGAUACAGCACGCGGCGUACAUCGUUGCCAUGGCUGAGCUGGUCCAGGCCUCGCAGUCCCGGAGCAGUGUGCAGUCCCCACCUGCAAGUGGACAGAGCGGAACCGCUGCAGCUGCAGCCGCCACCGCCGGGGCCACAGCUGGAAGUAGCGCGGGCAGCAGCGACCCGGCCAGGCCCGGGCUGAGCCAGCAGCAGAGAGCCAGCCAGAGGAAAGCUCAAGUCAGGGCCCUUCCCCGGGCCAAGAAGCUGGAAAAGCUGGGGGUGUUCUCUGCCUGUAAGGCAAACGAUGUCUGUAAAUGCAAUGGAUGGAAGAACCCCAACCCACAAACCGCACCUAGGAUGGACCUUCAGCAGCCUGCAGCCAGCCUGAGCGAGCCCUGCCGGAGCUGUAGUCACUCACUGGCGGACCACGUGUCACACUUAGAAAAUGUAUCUGAAGAUGAGAUCAAUCGCUUGUUGGGCAUGGUGGUGGACGUGGAGAACCUCUUCAUGUCCGUACACAAGGAGGAGGACACCGACACCAAGCAAGUGUACUUCUACCUGUUUAAGCUUCUUAGAAAGUGUAUCCUGCAGAUGAACCGGCCGGUGGUUGAAGGCUCUCUAGGAAGUCCACCAUUUGAAAAGCCAAAUAUUGAACAGGGGGUGUUGAAUUUUGUGCAGUACAAGUUUAGUCAUCUCCAGCCAAAAGAGCGGCAGACGAUGUACGAACUGUCCAAGAUGUUCCUUCUGUGUUUAAAUUAUUGGAAGCUGGAGACCCCUUCACAGUUCCGUCAGAGGUCACAAAGUGAGGAUGUGGCCACGUAUAAGGUUAAUUACACAAGGUGGCUGUGCUACUGUCAUGUCCCGCAGAGCUGUGACAGCUUGCCCAGAUAUGAAACUACACAUGUCUUCGGAAGAAGCUUGCUCCGCUCUAUCUUCACAGUUACGCGUAGACAGCUGCUGGAAAAGUUCAGGGUGGAAAAGGACAAAUUGGUUCCAGAGAAGAGGACACUUAUUCUCACGCACUUUCCCAAAUUUCUUUCGAUGUUGGAAGAAGAGAUAUAUGGUGAAAGUUCUCCUAUCUGGGAAGCUGAUUUUACUGUCUCUAACACCGAAGGUCCUCAGCUAGUGUCCCGCCCCGCUGCUGUGAAUACCACCACUGCUCCCAGUACACCGCUCUUCAGCAACAGCCUGAACAACAACUCCUCCCUAACAUCCAGUGGAGACACUGGGAACUCGGAACCCAUGCCAGGAGAAAAACGGAAAUUAUCAGACAGCCUAACUCUGGAGGACGCCAAAAGAAUCCGGGUGAUGGGCGACAUUCCCAUGGAGUUGGUGAAUGAAGUCAUGCUGACUAUCACUGAUCCGGCUGCCAUGCUGGGCCCAGAUACAAGCUUAUUGUCUGCUAAUGCUGCCCGAGAUGAGACUGCUCGCUUGGAGGAGCGCAGAGGGAUCAUAGAGUUUCAUGUGAUUGGAAACUCUCUAUCUCAAAAGUCCAAUAAGAAGAUCCUCAUGUGGCUUGUCGGUUUGCAGAAUGUCUUCUCUCAUCAGCUUCCCCGAAUGCCCAAGGAAUACAUCACCCGGCUGGUGUUUGACCCGAAGCACAAAACGUUGGCUCUUAUCAAAGAUGGACGUGUUAUUGGGGGCAUCUGCUUCCGGAUGUUCCCCACCCAAGGCUUUACAGAGAUUGUGUUCUGUGCAGUGACGUCUAAUGAGCAAGUCAAGGGCUACGGAACGCAUUUAAUGAACCACUUGAAGGAAUACCACAUUAAACACAACAUCUUGUACUUUCUUACAUACGCAGAUGAAUAUGCUAUUGGGUAUUUUAAAAAGCAGGGGUUUUCAAAAGAUAUUAAGGUCCCUAAGAGUCGUUACCUGGGUUACAUCAAGGAUUAUGAAGGAGCCACCUUGAUGGAGUGCGAGCUUAACCCUCGAAUUCCUUACACAGAGCUCUCCCAUAUCAUCAAAAAACAAAAAGAGAUCAUUAAGAAACUGAUUGAACGCAGACAAGCUCAGAUCCGCAAAGUUUAUCCUGGGCUCACAUGCUUCAAAGAAGGAGUGCGACAGAUUCCCGUGGAGUGUAUACCAGGCAUACGAGAAACUGGGUGGAAACCAUCUUGCAAAGAAAAAGGGAAGGAAAUAAAAGACCCAGACCAGCUGUACAAUGUCUUGAAGAACUUGCUAGCACAGAUCAAGACACACCCAAGUGCUUGGCCUUUCAUGGAACCUGUCAAGAAAUCUGAAGCUCCAGAUUACUAUGAAGUAAUCCGGUUUCCAAUUGACCUGAAGACAAUGACAGAAAGGCUGAAGAACAGAUACUAUGUGACCAAGAAGAUCUUUAUUGCUGACCUGCAGAGAAUAAUCACCAAUUGCCGAGAGUACAACCCCCCAGACAGCGAUUACUGCAAGUGUGCCAACACGCUGGAGAAGUUCUUCUACUUCAAGCUGAAGGAAGGAGGCCUGAUAGAUAAAUAGUUGUCCUGAUAAUUCCGGCCCUACAUCAACUAUUCCAUUCCAACUUCAUGAUCUUUGACUUGCUGUCAACUUCAGUGGCAAAAUUUGCCUUAUGAAAUACGCAAAACUGUCUCUGAUUAUGUGAGUCUACCAACGGUGAGAGCUCCUUCACCAAACAGGGGAAUGACACUGACGCCUAAGUGUGUGGCAGUCCUACCCCCUGAGGCUGAGGUGUCGGAGCCUUAUUUCUGAAGCUCUCUGGACUUUUGGGGGCUGCGUCACUUUAUUUUUUUGCCGCAAAACUGCAACUGUUUACAGGACUAAUGGAGCGUCCAUUCAUUCCACAAGCUCCUUGAUAAAAUCAGAAAGAAUAACUUAUUAGGUAAUCCACAUAAAAUACCUUAUUUUUCUUUUUAUUAAUUUGCUGCAUUGUGGAUGUUACAUUGUGAUGACCUAGAACUUAUCUGUGCAGUUUACAAUAUGCUAGGAGUCGCCUGCCAUGAGAAGUACCUGAAGGUGCUCGGUCAGAUCUGGUUGGAGUAUUAGGUCUUACUGGCAAACCAGAAAUGUCUCCUCUGGUUAAAAAUAACAGUGCUGUGUUGAAAUGAAUUGAAUUGGGGCAUUAGAGGUUCAUUGUGGCUUCCACAGCAGGGGCGGCUUUACAGUGGACUGGUUUGUGAAUCAAAGCCAAACAACUCUCUUAAUGGUAACAGUGCACCCAUGUAGCUCUUAUGGGAUUACAUUUUUCUGUAAAGUUGUGGGACAACCUAAAGGGGUAUUCCCUUUGGCACUUUGCAGGCUCUGGGUCCUCUGGGACCUGCACCUUUCAGACAUUGGGGGAAAAGCCUAGCCAUAUGCCCUCAAUAUCCAUGAUAGGAAUAACCCUUUAAUUGCGGCUGGCACAGUUGAUUGAGUGGAUUGAUGGCUAGUGCUCCUGAAUUCUAUGAUUCCUGGAGGUCUGACCCCUGGAUCUCCCACAAUCACAAGGUGUCCUGGAGUCUCAUGUGUGAAUGGAGUGGUAGUGGGUAGCCGUGACCACUGCUCCAUUAACUAUGUAUGUCAUUGAUGGAGCUAGCCAAGUACAAUGUUCGGGUAUCUAUCAUUUCUAUAGACGGUGUAUGGAUUGCUGGUCACACAUACGCAUUACCACUCCACUGAGACAGGGGACCCCAGACCAGUAUUGUGAUGGAUAGGGGACCCAGCAGUCAUACAUUUAUCACCUAUCCUUUGGACUGGUGAUAAAUGUUUAUGGGAAAACCACUUUAAAGAGGUUAUGCACUAAUUUCCAGAUCUCUGACUGGUGAGACCCACGUUGAUGAUCAUACUUGCCUGAUCCCUGGCCUCCGCUGUUUGUCUUGGGUCAUUCCAUGUAAACUUCCGGUUUGAGACCGCUGCAUUGGUGAUCCCCUUGUGUCAUGUGGCCAUUGGACAUGACGUAAGGGGAGCAGCAGCCAGUGAUUGGCUGCAGUGACAUCAAACAGAAAGUUUACAUGGAGGGAUCCAGUGCAAUGGAUCAGACAAGUAUGAUCACUAACACUGGUCCCACCAGUGUGACCGGUCUGGAAAUUGGUGCACAACCCCUGAGGGAGUAACUUAAAUUUUACAUUCCAGCAAAACUAUGUAGACCUACCUACACUGGAAGUAUGUAAGUGUAUUUUAUAUAUUAUUUCUGCAUUGCUGUAUCCUGCACAGUUGUGGAGUUGUCUGAGCUGCGGCCUCUUGCUAGGCCUGCGAUGUCACGUUCAUCGGUGACAAGGCCUUUCUGCAGCUCAGUCUCAUUCAGGUGAAUGGAAUUAUGCUGCAAUACCAGGCACAGACACUACAGUAUACCAAGGACAGCGCCGCACAUACUGUAAAGUGCCUACAGCACUUAUCCAAGCAACAUGGACCCUUGAGAGAAGGGUGUCAGACUCCAACAAGUCUGAUAUGGGUGACCUAUUUUAAGUAUAGGUCUUUAGGAUGUAAGCGACAGAAGAACCAGUAGAAGGUGUCACCAUAUGUAGAAUUUAAUACGCUGUGUCAUGUUAUUGAGCGUCCGCACAUUUUCAGGACAGUGAGGGACUAUUGACAGUAGCGUAUGAAGAUUACACUAUUCCUGGUGGUGUAUGAUCCAUAAAGCAGCGAGCCAGGGUUGUGGGUUGUCACUGCUCUACUUUUCAUGCAUUAUAUUGUAUUACACCUUACAGUAUUACAGGUCAGAACUAGUGAAAUAUACAUGUACAAUUUCAGCUUCUUCCAUAUGUAUAGGUGACAUGGGCUGUUUUAUAUGCAGUCUUGCCUAUUUUUUAAAUAAAUCAGGAAAGUACAAAUGACUGGGGAGGAGGAGAACGCCUUUUAUGGAAACCACAACAGACACACUACAGGUAAUGAAUGAGCCCAAAAGCUUCAGAAAGACUGCAAAGCCAGAAGUGACUCCAGCAGGAAAGCGCAGUAAAAGGCUUUCCUAUAUAUUUCCCAUUUCUCUGACUUCAAAAAAUAAAUAAAAACUGCACCAAAAACUACGUGUGAUUCCUGCCUAAGGCCCCAUGCACACGACAGUUUUUUUUUCCCAUCUGUGUGCUAUUUGUGUUUAUUGCAGAUUGAAAUUAAUGAAUCAUGUAUUUUAUUUUUGUGGAUCCAUGUGACCAUUCUACAAAAUAUACAGCAGGGCCGUAUAGCCCUUUCUAUUGAUGGGAGUGAGAAAUAUAUGUCAUGCACAUGGAAGGUAUCUUGUGUUUUCUGGUCCGAAAUACAGAGAUGGUCGUGUGCAUGAGGGCUCGGUGAAAUAAAAAUCUCUGCUUGUUGCCCUUUCUUUUUAAAUGUAUUACUCACUCAUAUGGCGGUGACCUAUUCUGCUUUACAGACAUUAUCAUCACACUGUCCCCAAUGGAGCUCUCAAUCUAAAAACAACUUGUCUCUUUGACAAACCUAUUAAAGGGGUUACAAUAUUAAUGGCCCUUGGCCCAAUGCUCCACAUCCCUACUGAUCAGCUAUUUGCACGCUGCAGUACUGGAGCGAGCGCAGAGCCCUCUUCGCAGUUUACAUUUUUCCCUACACUGAGGACUUGCAGCUUUGUCCCAGCUGAUCAUUGGGGGGGGGAUGCUGAGCUUUGGACUCCUGGCGAUCUGAUAUUGAUGGGCUAUGCUGAAGAUAUGCCCCUUUAAUGUGUAGCCAUCUUUGUGAUGCUCUGUAGUUAAAGUGCCAGCAAAGGCUGCUAAGAAGUACUGAUAACUGGCUGCAAGGGUAAUGUACCAUGUGACUUUACAAAGCCAGUGCUCUCUUUUCACCUCCUGCUCCACUUUGGCUCUUGAGGCUGUUUAAUGAGUGUUUUGUACCCACUAGUAGAACUUGCUUGAAUUGGGCGUAAAGCGGUUAUCCGGUAUUAGAUCGGCGGGGAUCUGACUCCCAGUACCCCCGCUGAGCAGCUGUUCAAAGAGGCAUUUGAUUGCCCAUAGUAUUCAGUGAUGGCUAAAUAGCCAUCAUUGAAGACUUCAAUUGCACUAUAUCAAUACAAGGCUGCCACCUAGUGGCCUGUAUUGAUAUAUACAUCUAAUUGACUCUGAAGCCGGCUUGGGGCUUCGGUCAAUUAGAUUGAGGUAACAGGUCGCCCGAUCUCAGCCGGGGAACGCUGUUCCUGGACCGGAAGCGUGCAGCAUCUGAAAGGUAAGAUGCAUGCAAUCAGCCUUAUGGCUGAUCGCAUACAUGUGCCGUGAGUCUCUGCUAUUUAAAAUGGCAAAGGCGGGCGCCAUGUUUAGGGAUCGGACCCAUGACGUACAGCUACGUCCUGGGUCCUUAAGAGGGUUAAACAGCUGAUCGGCGGGGCGCCGGGUGUUGGUCCCCUGCCAAUCUGAUAUUAAUGAAAUAUCCUGAGGAUUGUUAACAAUAGAAUUACUUAUGGUACCUCCCAAAUGUGCCAAGCCUAAACGUGUAGCCAAUAUGGUCAGCCAACCAUACUGGAAAAUGUUAUAAUUUACAAAAUAGAGGACCAAUCAGCACUGUGUAUGACGUUAAUAACAUUGUUAAUUUAUGUGCACCUAGUCUUUAUCACUAUAGAAUGUCUAUUUACAUGUGCUCCAGUAACUAAGACAUAACUUUUAUUUUAAAUUGCUUUUAAAACUAUAACUCGACAUACAACGUGAGACUAAUUAAAAAAUCUCAGUAGUUGGCAGACUUUUGGCCUGUAUUUUAUCCAGUCUCUGAAAGGUUAAUUCAUCUGCUGUUUUCACCUUCACUGGUUACAUAACUAUCUUGUUUCCUACUCUUUCCCUAUAUACUUAGGGCGGUCUGUACCUAACUACUGUAUUUAAAAUACACAAACACCUUUACUGCCUCCCUGUAAACGUGAAGGCAGUAAACCUGUUUGUGUAUUUUAAACACAGACAGCCCGCAUCAUGACCUAAGUACCGUAUAUAGGGAAAGAGUAGAUAACAAGAUGGCUAUGUAACCAGUGAAGGUGAACAACUAGCUCGCUACUUUGUUUCCCAUUCAAUAAGCUGCUUGAGAGAAACUAAAAGCAGCUGAAUUAACCUUUCAGAGACUGGAUAAAAUAUAGGGCAAAAGUCUGGCAACUACUGAGAUUUUUAAUUGGUCUCACUUUGUGUGUUUAGUUAACUUUUUUUAAUUUAUAUGGAUUUUAAAACAUAUGUCUUAGUUACUGGAGCAUGUGUAAAAAGACAAACCGCACUGGAGUCACAUGUGAGGUCCAGUCUUAGCUGCACUCUUAAUUCAUCCCAUCAGAGGCACAUGGUGGAAUGUAUUACUAUGAGGAAUAAAAAAUGUAUUUGAAUGAUGCGAUCCCACAAGUCAAUAGGACAGAUUUACUAAUCCUGUAGGCAGCAUAAAUUUACACAAGCAGUUCGAAAAAUGCGCCAAAUUUAUCACAACGGCUCCUGCUGGAUGACUAAUGGGGAGUAUGCCUAGACACUUUGAUCCACCUUUAUACCACCUGUUGGUUUGCUGACUUUUCCGCGGUGCCCUUGUCUUGCUAGACCUGUCCCCUUGGUGAGCAAGGUGCGGUGGAUUUAUCUAAAACUAGAUGCACCACAUUUUACCACCUGGUCGUUGUGCAAUAACAUUAUUAAAUGUGGGCAAACGUUGUAGCUUGAACAACCAUUCAUGAUGGACAAGGGGAUAGGAUACACAGUAUGUUGGUCUACCGUGGAUGGUUUCGCUUCCAUUUUGCUAAGGAAACGUGGGACCAGAUCCCAGAGAAGGGGAUUAAUACAUUUAAUUUGUAAAGCAUUACAGUUCUCUUCUCUCUGGGAUGCCUUCCUGCUGUAAGAAAAGCGCAUCUAAUGCAUUGUGUGAACCCGUCCUCAUAGGAAUCUAUGAAAUUGUUCCAUGAAUAUUAAUUAUUACUUUUAUCAAUUGUGAUGACUGCUCGGAGUGUUUUUGUCACCUCUGCUAUUUGCACUUUUGUAUGUAUGUGGCACUGCACCCCUUACACACCAUAUACCAGGGGACAUCCGUGCAUUGGUUGCCUGUUCAGUAUUUUGCCUUGCACCCUUUGGCAUCAGUGUCCUUGUGGAAAUGUAUCCUUGGUCACAUACUAUGAGUACGUAGGAAUGUCAUGCUGUCCAUACUCUUCAAUAAAGAUUGCUGUAACACCUGUUACAGAAAAAUGGUA